AUGUGUCUUGAUGAGGUAAUCCCUAUUGUGAGGGCAUAUAAAGAGCGUGGCUCUCAAUUUCAACAAGUCAACUUCCCCCGCUGCCCCCCGACCACCAGAAACUCUCCAAGACCCGCGCUCCCAUCGUCAAACGCAGCAUCUGCAGCAUCAAGAAUAAUGGUCUUCACUCGAGGAAUGAUGAAGCGACUUCCAGCCGCCGAAACUAGAAUCAAUGAAGCUGAUAGCAAUGAGAUGUUGGCACAGCCAAGGCGUUCGGCUCUCGGCGUCUCGAGAAACAACACGCAGGCAAUCACUGGAAGGAGUACUCCUGUCUUUGAUGACGCAGCUGAGGGUUCCGUCGACGACUAUGCCAAUGCCUUUAGCACCAACACGGGUAGCCACGGCGCCCUUCAACUAAACAUCAUCAGAGAGGACCAGUCCUCCUCGGCAGGAGCUAGGUUCUCUGACCUACAGACAGCGCAAGCUGCGCAAGUCUCAGAAGCAAACAGUGAAAGAAAUGCUGAGGCAUUUGAGAGCCGAGAACCACAAGGCUCUGGCCUUUCCACAGAAGAAUCACAGAACCAUUGCGAAGGCCUAGAUAUCCCUUGCCCGCCUCUGACCAAGUCGAAGGCCCGAAAGCGACGCGGCCAUGGAUGGUCUCGAAAGAAAGCUUCGAGGUCGGGUCCAAGUAAAAAUUCUGAAGGCCGUGCUACUCCCACCAGCAAGAAACGCCGAAUAGGCGAAGCGGAUGCGGAAGAUCACGAGCUCAGGCCAAGAAAGCAACAGCGCGUCACUGAGCUAGUUGAAGGACC